CUUCACGCGCGGACAUCAACAAGCCUCGUUACGUUCUACGAAAACGUGGGACUUCUCUACCUAACCAGGCCAAACCAUGGCAAAGGAAUUAAGGUAAAAACGAAACUUUGCGACAAAAUUUAAAGAAAAUUAGUUUUUUUAUUAGAUAUUGUAUGAAAUGUAAACUAACAGAGCGCGGAGUGUUUUGUAAACGACCACAAACUGAAUGGAGAGAGAUUUGAAUUAUUAUGCUUUGUUUUUGUUUGUGGUUGCACUUCACUUUCUCUCGCUGAGCUAUCUUAUAAGCUUUUUUUUCAAUUUUUUUCAUAGUCAAAAAAGAGAAAAUUAAGCUUAAUUUUUAUUUUAGUUUUACUAGAAAAUAGUCGAAGGAUUUGGUCAGCAACGGUACUAGAUUCGACCGAUUCAAAGUGUAUUUCUUUUCAUUCAGCAAAUUGUCAUUUAUAAGCAUAGAAUAAGCUUAUUUAGCAAGUAACUCAAUGGCUAGGUUGAGCAGUUCUAUCGAGGAAUUCCUGGCUACCUCAAAUAUUACUAUAUUCAUAACUGAAUCAAAAACAAAUACAAAACAGGGAAGUUGACAUUCCACUGUUUACUAAUUAAGCAAAAAUUAUUUUACAAAAUCCAAGAUUUAUUGAUUUCCCUAUAUUUAACUUGCAAAUGCUACAUAUGUGUAAGUAAUUCCUGUCUGUUUUCAUUUGAAAGCAUCCUUCCAACCUUAAUUAUAUGUUUCCCUCAUUUGGAAGGCAAAGGGGAGGCCAUCAUUUCUUUAUCUGUCAACAAGUUCAGCUAAUUUAUUGGAAGACUGUAAUAAGAAAAGAAAGCUAAGAUAUUGCCUAAUCUUAUGAUGAUCUAGUUAACACCAGCCAAAUUUUACCUUAUUUUUUUUGUUUAAAAGUUUUUAAUCAUGAUUAGAACCAAGUUUGAGUAAAUCUCAGAGUUCAAAUUGCACAUUUGUACAAUGAUAAUUUUAUUGAUUACAAAUUUUGCUGAUGUACUAAUAGUUCUUCCUCAUGAAGUAAUUUUUGUUGCGCUGCACUUUCAGUCAAUCAAUGAAAUGGACUGAAGAACACAAAUUGCUGAUGUUGAGGGAAUGAUCCUUUUGCAGCCAUGGCUGCAUAAGAAAGAAACUAGCAAGAGGAGAUGAUUGGAAAAAGCUGGUAGUGUCAUUAAAUGCUAUUCCUUGUCGACAGUUCUGUGUUACUCAUCAGUCUGUUCAUGACCACUAGUCUACAAUGGAAAAGGGAAUUAGGCCCAAGAAGGAAAAAAGUCAGGGAAGAAGACAGAGCCUCAGCUAUUGCCCCUGAAGAGAUAAAAGAACUAGAUCAGCUACUUGAUGAAAUCAUUGAACUGUUUGAUGAGUCUGACAAAGCAAUAGAUAAAACAAAACAGAAACAGGAAGAAGUAAAGAAAGCAGAGGAAAUGCAGAAGAGAUCGUUAGAAACUUUUAAAGAUAGUGCAAAAAGGAAUGCAGAUGAACAACAAGGAGCAAGACCAUAAAAAGAGUAGAGCUAGUGGUGCAAACACUCUGGCUUACCUGAAGGAUAAGGCAGAAGAUGAAGCCACUUAAAAAUAUGAUGAAUUUGAGAUAAAAAGGCAAGAGUUAGCACUGCAAGCAAAGGAGCAGGAAGGAAGACAACAGCAGUUUGAUCUGAUGAACAAGCAAACUAGAGAUAUUCAGCAGCAAAUGCAGCAUUUUAUGCAAACAUGAUGCAACAGCACCAACAACAAACCCUUGCAUUAAGGGAGCUAAUGAAAAAGUUUGCUGAGAAGUGAUGCUGAUAAAUAUAUGCAAGAGGUCAUUUAGAUGCACAAAAAGUUCACAUUUUUUAUUAGCGUGAGAACAUUUUUAAGGAUGUUUAAAAUUAAAGAUUUAUGAUAAUAAUUAUUGGUUUACCAAAAUAACUGUAAAGGAAAUGUUGCUUAAUAUUGCUAACCUUUGAAAGUCACAAAAUUGAUAUUAUGCCAGCGCUAAAAGCCUGUAGAUUUUAAGGUGGUUAGCGCUGGAGGAACCAGGGUUGAGCUUUUAUCAAGGCAAUAGGACUUAUUCAACUAUCAAAUUGCAUCACUCUCUGUAAACAUCCUCACCCUUUGUUCCCAUUAAAUGGUCUGUUUUGGUGGCAUUUAUUUCCCUUUAAUUCCAAUACGUUAGCCUUUCUCAAUUGUAUAAUUUUUUACUAAAG